AUGGCAUUUCAGAAGGCAGUGAAAGGAACUGCUCUCAUUGGAGGAGGUGCCAUAGCAACAGUUUUUGGCCUCUCUCAAUUUUCUCAGUAUAGAAACAAACACGGUACCUUUGUGCAUGUUCAAGCUGCAGAAGCUGUGACUGUUCCAAUAAAAAGCCAUUUCCCCACAAGAGAGCAACAAAUUUUGGCACUGCAAACCACAGGUGAAUUUGAUGUCCUUGUUAUAGGCGGAGGAGCAACAGGAUGUGGCUGUGCUUUAGAUGCAGUCACUAGAGGACUAAAAACAGCCCUUCUAGAAAGAGAUGAUUUCUCAUCAGGGACCAGCAGCAGGAGUACUAAAUUGAUCCAUGGUGGAGUGAGAUAUCUUCAGAAGGCCAUCAUGAAGUUGGAUUUUGAGCAGUACAAGAUGGUGAAAGAAGCACUUGAGGAGCGUGCAAAUCUGCUUGAAAUUGCUCCUCACCUAUCAGCUCCUUUGCCAAUAAUGCUACCUGUUUACAAAUGGUGGCAGUUGCCAUACUACUGGUUUGGAAUAAAACUAUAUGACCUCGUGGCGGGAAGUCAGUGUCUGAAAAGUAGUUAUGUCCUUAGCAAGUCAAGAGCCUUGGAGCUCUUUCCAAUGCUACGCAAAGACAAGCUUGUUGGAGCCAUUGUCUACUAUGAUGGACAGCACAACGACGCACGAAUGAACCUCUCCAUCGCCCUCACUGCUGCCAGGUACGGCGCUGCCACGGCCAAUUACGCUGAAGUGCUGCGCUUGCUCAAGACGACAGACCCGGCCGGCGGGAAGGAGCGCGUGUGCGGGGUGCGCUGCAGGGACGUCUUAACAGGGCAGGAAUUUGAUGUCAAAGCCAAAUGUGUUAUCAAUGCUACGGGACCUUUCACAGACUCUGUGCGCAAAAUGGAUGAUCAGGAAGUACCAAACAUCUGUCAGCCAAGUGCAGGCGUGCAUAUUGUGAUGCCUGGUUAUUACAGCCCUGAUAAUAUGGGUCUGCUUGACCCAGCCACCAGCGAUGGUAGAGUGAUUUUCUUCCUGCCGUGGGAGAAGAUGACUAUAGCAGGGACCACAGACAGCCCAACUGAUGUUACUUCCCAUCCGAUACCAACAGAAGAAGAUAUAAACUUCAUUUUGAAUGAAGUGCGCAACUACCUUAGUGUUGAUGUUGAAGUGAGAAGAGGAGACGUGUUGGCAGCGUGGAGUGGCAUUCGUCCUCUGGUCACAGACCCCAACUCCAAAGACACGCAGUCGAUAUCCCGGAAUCAUGUCGUUACCAUUAGCGAUAGUGGCCUUGUCACGAUAGCAGGUGGGAAGUGGACAACCUACCGUGCCAUGGCGCAGGACACCAUUGAUGCAGCUAUUCAGGCGCAUGAUCUGAAGGCAGGUUCCAGUAAGACCAUUGGACUGCAGCUACAAGGGGCUGAGGACUGGAGUCCCACUCUCUACAUUAGGUUGGUCCAAGACUAUGGACUUGAAAGUGAGGUGGCUCAGCAUCUAGCUUCGACAUACGGUGACAAGGCUUUUGAGGUGGCCAAAAUAGCCCAAGUUACAGGAAAGAGAUGGCCUAUUGUUGGAAAACGUCUUGUAUCUGAAUUUCCUUAUAUUGAAGCCGAGGUUGUCUAUGGUGUUAAAGAGUAUGCCCGCACGGCAGUGGAUAUGAUUUCCCGACGUACUCGCUUGGCCUUUCUGAAUGUGCAGGCUGCAGAGGAAGCCCUGCCAAGAAUCGUAGAUAUAAUGGGGAAAGAACUUAACUGGAAUGAGCAGAAAAAAAAGGAAGAACUUGAAGCUGCUAAAAAAUUUCUUUAUUAUGAAAUGGGCUACAAAGUAAAAUCAGAUCAAUUAACAGACAGGUCUGAAAUCAGUCUAGUGCCUUCAGAUAUUGAAAGGUAUAAGAAGCGAUUCCACAUGUUUGACAAGGACAAGAAAGGGUUUAUUACUAUACUGGAUGUGCAGCGCGUCUUGGAGAGCAUCAGUGUGCAAAUUGCUGAAAAUACACUUCAUGAUAUUCUAAAUGAAGUGGAUCUGAACAAAAAUGGACAGGUUGAGCUCAAUGAGUUUUUGCAGCUCAUGAGUGCUAUUCAGAAGGGCCAUGUGUCUGGAAGCCGGCUGGCUGUGCUCAUGAAGACUGCCGAGGAGAAUCUGCAUCAGAGGGUGGUGAUUCCGGUGGACCGGAGCGGUGGUGGACUGUGAGUGCAAACACACGUCUGCUCGCAGCCACAGCUAAUGGAGAUGCGUAGCUGUGUCUCUCUGCUGAAAAACAUUCCAGUGCUUCUGAUUGUCCUUGCUUGUUCAAGAUGACCACUAUCUGUCCAUCGGUGUAGCUCUUACAAAAACACAUUGGUGCAUUUUUUUUCAUUAUUAAUGGUUUUCUGUACAGCUCUUAAUACUCCGGUAUGUGGCCUUUUGGAUUGGGUAUUCUUUAGACACAGGGGUUUAUUAACAAGAGUUCAGGAAUACAGUCUAGAAAGAUUUGGGUGCACACACAAGCACAUGUGCACAUACUGCCUUGUUCAUUAACUUUUAUAUCACCUUUACCUUUAAAGAAAACGAUGCUCAGAAAGCGAAUCCUGCUUUAAAUGCAUUGCAUUGAGUUUUGCAAAUACACGUUUAGUAUUUAAAAGCUGCUGAUCUGUCCUCUUCAACAAAGAGCAAGAGAGGGAAAGCUGAUGUUCUGGAUUGGAGAUAGUAUCACGGAAGGAACAAAACUGACGCUUCCUGAGGUAGCGAUUACGGUGAAGAACUGUCAUGAGCCUUCCAUAGGUGGUUGAUUUGGCUCUUUCGGGUGCUCCGUUAUUUCAGUGGUACCAAUACUUGGCCAGACAAAAAUAUCAGCAGUAUGAAGCUGGAAAACUACAAGACAUCUUGAUUAAUCACCCAAGCUAAUAAUUUAGUUAAAAGCUAGGGGACAGCUUUCCUUUCUCCCAUAUUAAUAAAAAUAAGCUUCCUUUAAUAAAUAGCAUUGUCUGGCAGGUGGUGGUUUAUGCUGUAAAGUGCUUCAUACUGUUUCCAGUUUUGGACAAACCCUGAUGAUAUGUAGAAUAUGGCAGUUUUUGAUAGCGUAACAGUCUUAAUUGUGUAUUUAAAAAUGCUCAAACACGAAGUGAAACAAUGAAAUUUGUUUUGCAUUCCACUAACUUUUCUAUAAAAGUGAAAGGGCUAUUUUUCAGCAGAUUAAUGAAAAAAAAAAAGAUUAGGACCACUCACUUGAGCUGUGUUCAACAAUGUUGUAUCUGGCUAUUUGCCUUUCUAUUGUUAGAUUGACUAGGUUCAAGAUCAGAUGGAAGAUUUCUGCCUAAUGUAGAACAAGGAAGGGAGAAACAUAAGAAUGGUUUAUUGAUGAAUUUGUCAUUCUGUUGUAUUCUUUGAGUAUAAAUACCAAUUUACAACUCAAAACAAGCUUCAGUUCCAAGGUGUCAGAAUUUAUAGUUGUAUAAAAUCUGAUAUAUUUUAACUGACGUCCACUUUCACUAAUGGAAAAUAACAGUACAGGAAUGAACAGCAAAGAUUACUUUGAUAUUUUGAAAGGGAAAAUGAUUGCAUACACAAAAUGGAGAUGCUGAGGAGUGUUAGUAUGUAGCAUAGUAAGUACAGAUGUUGUGUGUGGCUGGAGAGGCAGAGUCCUUCAAAAAAAACACUAAAAAUUCAGGUGUUUAA